AUGUCGCCAGUCCGAACCAUACCGUCUAUAGACGAGCGUCUCUCAAGAGGCACCCGCAAGGACUCCGUUACCAUGUCUGAGCGUUCAGAAGCCAACGCCAAAGAGGCCACCCAGAGCUUCUCGAAAGAGAAACUCGCGCCUUUCGCCUCUCACACUAACUCGCAAUCCAAGCCAGGCGUCACUUUUGCGGCACAGGAGAAGCUUCCCAAGCUGCCUAUACCGGAGCUGGAAGCAACAUGCAAGAAGUAUCUCGCUGCACUUGAGCCCUUGCAGACCGCUCGCGAGCAUGCAGACAGUGAGCGGGCGGUGGAAGAGUUCCUCCGCUCUGAUGGCCCAGAGUUACAGGAGAAGCUGAAGAAGUAUGCUACUGGCAAGAGCAGCUACAUCGAGCAGUUUUGGUACGACUCCUACCUGAACUACGACAACCCGGUGGUGCUGAAUCUGAACCCGUUCUUCCUGCUCGAAGAUGAUCCAACACCCGCUCGCAACAACCAGGUCACUCGUGCAGCCUCACUUGUCGUGUCCGCCUUGUCAUUCGUCCGCGCGGUGCGAAAAGAAGAGCUGCCACCAGACAUGCUUCGAGGUCAGCCCCUCGACAUGUACCAGUACUCCCGUAUGUUCGGCACUGCACGCAUUCCGACCGACAAUGGAUGCCAGAUUGGUCAGGACCCCAAUGCCAAGCAUAUGGUUGUGCUCUGCAGAGGGCAGUUCUAUUGGUUCGAUGUCAUGGACGAUAACUACGAUCUAAUCAUGACCGAGAAAGACGUGUCGUUGAAUUUGCAGGUCAUUGUUGACGAUGCAGAGCAGACGCCCAUCCAGGAGUCUGCGAAAGGUGCAGUUGGUGUGCUGAGCACCGAAAACCGCAAAGUCUGGUCAGGUCUGCGAGACGUCAUGAGCAAGGAUGAAGGCUCAAACAACAGCGACUGCCUCAACAUCGUAGACUCUGCACUUUUCAUACUGUGCCUGGACUACACAGAGCCAAAGACAGGCGCUCAGCUCUGCACGAACAUGCUCUGUGGUACGUCGGAGAUUGAGCGCGGAGUGCAAGUUGGCACGUGCACAAACAGAUGGUACGACAAGCUGCAGAUUAUUGUGUGCAAGAACGGCAGCGCUGGUAUCAACUUCGAGCAUACUGGUGUGGACGGACACACCGUGCUCCGCUUUGCCUCGGACGUCUAUACCGAUACGAUCUUGCGAUUUGCGCGCAGCAUCAACGGCCAGGCUCCCUCCUUGUGGGCGUCCACUUCUCCAGACCCGUCCAAGCGCGACCCAGCCAGCUUCGGCGACGUCAACACGACUCCUCACAAGUUGGAAUGGGACAUGGUGCCCGAACUUUCGACAGCCCUCCGCUUCGCCGAAACCCGCCUGGCGGACUUGAUCCAGCAGAACGAGUUCUAUACCCUCGAGUUCAUGCAGUAUGGCAAGAACUUCAUGACCUCCAUGGGCUUCUCGCCAGACGCCUACGUCCAAAUGGCCUUCCAAGCCGCCUACUACGGGAUGUACGGCCGGAUGGAAUCUUGCUACGAACCCGCCAUGACCAAAGUCUUCUACCACGGCCGUACGGAAGCGAUCCGGCAAGUGACUAAUGAAAGCGUCGACUUUGUUCGCACAUUCUGGGCAGAGAACCCGCCGCAGAAGAAGAUUGACAUGCUCCGUAAAGCCUGCGAGAAACACACCGCGAUCACGAAAGAAUGCGCCAAAGCGCAAGGGCAAGACAGGCACUUGUACGCGCUGAUGUGUCUCUGGCAGCGCCAAGUCGACGCUGCAGGGGAUGAGAGCGAAAUAGCCAGUACCAACGGCGACGGCGAGAUGGCCAGCACCAACGGCUGCAGCAGUCCCGUAACCAGCUCCGAGCGCGGCGAACCCAACUCCUCCAUCCCCUCCCCCAACCGCGGCAGCAUGCUAAGCGAAGACGGCUCCAUCCCCGCCUCCCGCAGCCCGCCGCGCCACAACCAACCCGCCCUCCCCGCCAUUUUCGCCGACGCCGGCUGGGACAAACUGAACAACACCAUCCUCUCCACCUCCAACUGCGGCAACCCCUCACUGCGUCAAUUCGGCUUCGGCCCUACCUCCGGUGAAGGGUUCGGCAUCGGGUACAUCAUCAAAGACGGCAGUGUCUCUAUCUGCGCGUCAAGUAAGCAUCGCCAGACAAAACGGUAUAUUGAUGCCAUCGAGAGUUACUUUUUGGAGAUGCGGAAGUUGUUGCGGCAGACGCAGAGGAGGGGUACGAGUGGAGAUAAGGGGGCGAGUCGGGCGAGGGAGGCGGAGGAGAAGCGGCCGAGGGGGACGAGAUUGAAGAGUCGCGGCAGGUUGAUCCAGGGUGGCGAGGGCGCGGCGAAGACGGUGGUGGCGGGCAGUGAGGGCGAGGCGAGUGGAGUUGCUAGUGAUGAUGAGUUGGGCGGAUAUGGUUUCUUCGACGCGGGCAUGCUGUUGCAAGCGCUCAAGUCAAAGGAGGAUCAUGCGGAGCGGCAGAGCGAGGCGGUGCAGCGGAGGCGGGAGGUGGGCAAGAAGUUGCGGUUGAUGGAGUAUUAG